GUGCUGCCAAGGGCGAGGGUGAGAAGCGGCUGAGCGUGCAGUACACGGCGGGCCAGGAAUGUCCCGACAACGUCUUCUUCCCCAGCACGCGGCCCCCGCACCUGGAGGAGCUGCACAACCAGGCCCAGCAGGGGCUCAAGUCCCUGCAGCACCAGGUCCUGUGCAUCCUCGGAGGAUGACAGCCUGUCCUUCCGGAGCCGGGCAGCCUCUUGUGCCACGGACAGCACCUCAGAGGAUGCGCUCUCCAUCCGCUCCGAGAUGAUCCAGCGCAAAGGUUCCACCUUCCGACCACACGACUCCUUUCCCAAAUCCUCAGAGAGGGCUGGCAAGAAGAGGAAGGACAGGAGGACAACAGUGCUGGGCAUCCCCCAGCACGUCCAUAAGGAGCUGGGUCUCAGGAACAGCCAUGGAAUUAAGGGACAUCCCGAGGCAGAUGGAAGAGGGCCAGCAGGCCGUGGGGACAGCCAGGCAGUGCAGCCCAUGCUGAACGGGGGGCAGGUGUCGGGUGAUGCCAUCCGCAUCCCCACCAUCGACGGGAACCUGCAGCCCCUGCCCGCAGUCGGCGGUGCCCGAGUCUGCCUGGGAGUGCUGGAGGAGGCCGAUGCAGCCCUGCAGAAGCACAUCAACAAGGUUUACUACGACGACAGCUUGCUAGGGAGGAAGACAGCGGCCAAACUGUCACCCAUGAUGAGGCCGAAGUCGCUGGCCGUGCCGGGCAUGACCACCUACGCCAACCCCCCGGAGAUGCUGGCGGGCCCCGUCAUGUCCAUCUCGCCCCAGGGCACCUACAUGUCCAAGAUCAUCCCCAACGCCAUCCUGCCGCCCAUGGUGGACGUGGUGGCCCUGACGAGCCGCAGCGUGCGGACGCUGAGCCGCUGCAGCCUCGUGUCGUCCAGCCCGGCCUCGGUGCGCUCCCUGUCCCGCUUCUCGGAGCGCCGCAGCCGCGAGCCCUCCUCCUCCAGCGACAACUGGAGCCACUCGCAGUCCACGGAGACCAUCGUGUCCAACAGCUCCACCAUCUCCUCCCAGGGUGGCUGUGACCACCGGCAGCCCGAGGUGGGGCCGCAUAGCGAGGUGGACACGGCAGCUCGCUCUGACACCGACCAAAUCAGCAUCUACAGCUCCGCCAGCUUCGCCAGCUCCUGCUCCAAGCCCGCUGCCGGCCUCGCUCCCGCAGCCCCCGGGCUCCUGGGUGUGGGCAGCGGCCGAGCAUCCCCUGCCUACAGCACGAGCAGCCAGGCGGAGGGCUCGGACACGGCCAGCCUGGCCAGCGAGCGCUCCUCCACCCGCAGCGUGUCCCUCAGGAAGAUGAAGAAGCCCCCGGCCCCUCCCCGCAGGACCUACUCGCUGCACCAAAAAGCUGACGGGGAGCCCAAGGUGCUGGGGCUGCCCCCCAGGCCCGAGCGGCGGCCCCAGCGGGAGAGCAGCACGCCCUGGUCCCCGCGGCCCGAGCCCUUCAGCCCCACGGGCGAGGAUGAGGUGUUCUCCCCAGCGCUGAGCGAGACCAGCAGCCUCCGCUCCGAGAGCCUGGCGGGCGCCAGCUCCCCCGAGGCCCCUCGGGGCCGGCCCGGGGUGACGGUGGUGCUGAGGGAGCCCCAAGCCCAGGCCAAGUGGAGCUGCCCCGAUGGCUCUGACCGCACCAUGUCCCCCUCCAGCGGCUACUCCAGCCAGAGUGGGACGCCCACACUGCCCACCAAGGGCUUGGGACCCCCAGCUGUGUCGCCGGGCAAGUCUCAGCCCCAGAAGCCGGACCGGGUCUGCUCCCUGCAGUCGCCUGCGCUCUCCGUGUCCUCCUCCCUCACCUCCAUCUCCUCCUCGGCCUCGGACCCGACCCCUCCUGAGGUGCUGACCGCUCGCUCAGACCGGUUCAUCAUCCCACCGCACCCCAAGGUUCCUGCUCCCUUCUCCCCACCACCCACCAAGUCCCAGCGGCCCCCGGUCCCCGCCGGCUCUCUGCAGCCCUCACAAACCUCGCCAGCGCCCAGCACUGCCGGCCAGGAGCCCUCGGCCAAGCCCAGCGGCAAAUCCCCACCUCCAUCGCCGCCGCCUGCCUACCACCCGCCUCCCCCGCCGGCCAAGAAGGUGGAGGGGAGCCCCCAGAGCAGCAGUGAGCCCUCCACCGACACCGCCUGGCCCCCGCCACCACCGCCGGCCCCCGAGGAGCACGACCUGUCCAUGGCAGACUUCCCCCCUCCGGAUGAAUCCUAUCUCUCCAGCCUGCCCGAUGCCACCUCGGCCCCGGCGGGCGGGCAGGCGGCGACACCGAGCGCGGGGGCUGCAUCUUCACCAUCUCAACAGCAAGAGCCACCCACCGGGGCUCCACAGCCUCCACACCCCGCCGAGCCCCUUCCCACGGCCCCCGUGCCCCCACCGCCGCCUCUCCCGCCGCCCUCGGCUCCGGCCCUGCCGCCCCAAAUCAGCCUUAAGAAGGCGGCCAACGGCCCUCGGGCGGAGGCCAAGAAGGAGCCGGUGUCGCGGAGCAAGAGCGGCCCGGCGGCCAAGGAGGACGCCAGCCUGCCCAUCGUCACCCCGUCGCUGCUGCAGAUGGUGCGGCUGCGCUCCGUCAGCGUGGAGCCCGCGGCCGGGGCUGGAGCCGGGGCUGGAACCGGGCCCGGAGCCGGGGCUGGAACCGGGCCCGAGGAGCGCCCGGCCCCUCAGAAGCCCGUCCGGCGCUCCCUGUCCAACCGGCAGCCGCCCCCCGCCCAAGACGCGGUGCCUUCCAAGCAGCUCCUCCACGCCGUGCACCUCAAGGCCGCCGCCUUGGCCUCCGCAGAGGCCGCGGAGAAGCCGCCGGGAAGCCGAGCGGCCCAGCCCGGCCCUGAGGGGCCCGCCGGGGAUGGGCAGCUGUCCCCCCGGAGCAAAUCGCCGGCCUCCACCGCCAGCUUCAUCUUCGCCAAGAGCUCCAGGAAGGUGGUGAUCGAGACGGCCUCGUCCCCCGAGGCACAGGCCGAUCUGAAGAGGAACUUGGUGGCCGAGCUGAUGAAUUUCUCGGGGCAGCGCUCGGCAGCCCCGGCCGCUGCCGCCCCGCAAACCCAGAGGAAACCAGGCAAGAUCCCCCCUCCAGUAGCCAAGAAGCCUUCGCUGGGCUCGGGGCCGGCUCCUUCUCCGAAGGCACCGGGGGCAGAGGCGUUGGGCUCCCCGGUGCUGGACGGGGAUGCCAAGGCAGAGGAGAGCAGGACUAAGAGCGAGCUGGAGGGGACGGAGGGCAGGAACGGCGCGGAGCCGCCGGCUCAGAGCCUCCCUGCACAAGACAGACGGGGAGAGACGGCCUGAAGGAUGACACUGCAGGACUGGAGCCCCCAUGGACAGGAAUCCAAAUCUCUCAGGGACCUGGGCAGGUCAACGGAUGAGUGUGGAACUGGCAACUAACUUAAUACAGGAAGCAAACAGCCUUAGCCUCCACGGCCUUGAUGAUAUUUAUGCAAAAAUGGUGUUGGUUUCACUUUCCUAAGUACUACAGCUUUAUUUUGCUUUUUUUUACUGGACUCGAGGCCCAUGCCCAGAGCCAGCACCUCCUCCCUGCCAAGCUGAUGCUCGGUGUGGGUGUGUGGAGCUGAGCAGCCACACCCAGAGGAGUUUGGGGGCCAAAGACGCCGGAGCUGGGGCUGAAGAUGCCGGAGCUGGAGCCACUGCUGCUGGCCAGGCAGGCCCACGAGGAAUGGAAGCACUUUGGACAAAGAAUGGGAAGGCUUUGGCCACAACAGCACCUGGGGAGAUGCAAACAGGAACAGGAGGGGAUGGAGGUGCUGGUGGGGAGGGAUCAGGGCUUUGGCUCUUGAUGGAAAGGCCAGAGGGGCUCGUGGUCAGCCCUGGUUCUGGCCACUCACCACUGCCCAGCAGGAGGAAGGGCCUGGCUGCCCCUUGAGCUGGCCCUGGGCUCUGGGGUAGAGCCUUGAUUCUGUUUCUGUAAACUCGGGUCACAUUUUGAUUUCUUUGAUUGUAAAAAAAAAACUAAACAAAAACCAAACAAAACGACAAACCCAACCAAACCAAACUAAACCAAACCAAAAGCAACUGACCCUCUGCCGCAGAGUAGCUGCUCAGAGCUCUGUACCUGGCUGGUAAAAAUGAUGACAGAA